AUGUCGCUAUCUAUCGAGAAUUUACCUGUCGAAGUAUGGCAUAUUAUUUUCUCGUUUAUUGAGGCGCCCGACUUAGAAAGAGCAUUUUCUCACCUCAAUUCUUUCAUCACUGGUCUACUUCGUUCGUCUAAUCUUCGUGUUUGCUUGAAUGUAAAAACAGGUGGAUGCAAAGAGCUACGUCUAUCCCAUAUUCCCUUUUGCCAUAAAGCAAUUGAGUCAUUAAAUGGCAAUAUCCAUGGCAGUUCCGAUGUUCUUAUCUUUCUACAAGCUGUUGGCACACUUUCAAAUCUUCGCUCGCUCUCACUUCAUAUACGACGGCAAACAAAAUUACAUCUGUUGACUUCUAUUCUACCUCGACUUCCGUGUCUCGAACACUUAACAGUCCGUUGUAAUAUCUUCAAUACUGGUCGUGGUAUAGAACUUCUCUACACUGAAAUGCUAAAACUACCGCAGUUACGAAUGUGUGAGCUUCGUCUAUCGCGAGACUAUUUCGAUAUGUCUGAAUUCAAUCCGAUUUUGCCCAUUAGUAGCUCUAUACGGCGCUUUCAUAUAGAUGCCUGGGUCCGAUCGGUUGAUUUAUGUCAUCUUCUCAAGUGCAUGCCUUCAUUGCGCUUUCUGAAUGUCUAUCUUUAUCAUCACGCUCGCAGCAGUUGGAACGAUCUUUCAUUACAUCAGUUAGCCAAAACAGCAUGUUUAUCGUUGAUCAAUGAACAUAUCAACUUGGACAGUCUCGCUCAAGCAGCACCAAGGCUCAUCUAUUUUCGUCUCCAGAUUGAACCAUAUCCUGAUGAUAUUAAAACUACAAAUGAUCAUACUCAAUGGGCACAUGUACAUCGUGGAUUAUUUUCUAUAUUUCAUGAUAAGCAUGUUCAUAAAUUUGUACGUCUUGUUUGUCUACCUCUAAAUAGUUUAUUACGAGAAGGUAUACAAGCUGAAAGUACAUCAAAAACACAUAUUAUUCCAUGCCCAUUGGAUUUACCAAUUGAUUCAAACAAGGAAAUUUUAACUAAUUAUUUUAUUUCUCUUAAAAUAAUUUUUCGUUUUAGUCUAUGUUUAGUAUCAUAG